AUGAAGGUCAUCAAGAUUCUAGUGAUCAUAGCAACAACCAUGGCUUUGUCCAUCACUCUCACGACCGUGACAAGGGUUAGCCAUCAAGAAGAAGAAGGCAAAUCCCCUUUCACCGACUCAUGGAAAGAGCAACCGUCGGCUGACGACGAAAACAAGUUGAUACUGCCCUCCAAGAGGGUGAGUCGCUUCCUUUCUGAAAAGGAUCUGGUAGCAAGAAGCCUUAAAGCAGCUUCCCAGUGCAAGAAUGACUAUGACACAUGCUCCAACGUGCUGCCGGGCCAUCGGAACUUCACCUGCUGCAACAAGAAGUGCGUGGAUUUGUCCUCAAACAAGGAAAACUGUGGUGCAUGCAAGAAGUGCUGCAAGUACACGGAGUCGUGUUGCAGAGGGCAGUGCGUGGACCUGAGUUCUGACAAGAGGCAUUGUGGCCGGUGCGACCAUCCCUGCAAGAAUGGAACGUAUUGCGUGUAUGGUCUCUGUGAUUAUGCGUGA